GAUAAACACACAAUUUUGCGCAAAAAGCAAAGGAAUUUGUGACAUUUUCGCUGCUAAUUUCAAUGAAAAAGACAAAAACACGUCGUGCAAGGUGUGUCUCGCUGCCCAAAGUCUAAAUAAAAGUGGAAAAAUAUCCGUUAACAAAACUCAAAGUGACUAUAAACAAACUUUUUAAUUGAUAUUUGUGUUACGAACUCAAGUGAUAAGCUCGCAACUCGCAUAAAAUAUUCCGAGCAUGGCUGAGGAGGAGAACAACAAACCAUACAAGAUCAAAGACGUUACUCGAGCGGUAAAGAAAUCGCUGGUUGCCUCGACGCUCGACGAAGUACGUCGAAAAUCGGCGGAAAAAUUCGACAAAAUUGACUUGCCCAACAUUCACUUGGACUGCGACGGCACGGAAAUUGAUGACGAGGAUUAUUUCCAAACGCUUGAACCGAAUACCGAAUUGAUUGCCGUUUUCCCAGGCGAAGAUUGGAUUGAUCCAACGCAUUACGUUACAAUCACGACGCAUCGUAACAGCGACACAACAGACGGAAGUUAUGCCGAAGUUCAGCGUAUCCAUUUGAAAAAGUUGGUAGAGCAGAUGAAAAGUAACAUUUGCAACGUUUCCGUUCUAAGUGAACCCGAUUUGGAGUUGCUGAGUAACAUGGAUCCGAAUCACGUUGCUGACGUUACGGGCAAGGAGUUUAUCGAGCAACUGAAGGAAGCUUCAGGCAGACUCUUGUAUGAAAAGCGACAGGCAUUUGACGCAAUUAACUUGUUAAAGUUAAUUGCACGCGAAAAGUCUCUUUCAUCGUCGCCAUUAACUUCAACAACAACGACAUUAUCGUCCAGCAGCAGCAGCACGCCAACAACCGCCAAAACAACGUAUUCCAUUGAGCGUCCCGGCACAUCCGACACUUCCGAUCAAUCAGACCAAACGAAUCUCUGACAAUUGUUUCUCGUUGCAAAUAUCAUCAAAAGCUAAAAUUUUGCAACAAAAUUGAAAAUCUAAAAAAAAAAUGUUAAAAGGUUAUUAAAAUGUUGUAAAUAGCUGAAAAACUCAUUAAAACACAAAAUUAGAGCAGAUUAGAAGAAAAAGAACAAGACGCCUCCAUCAAUAAUUCACACACAUCCGCAUUUAGUUAGAAAGCGCUACAUGAUCUCAUUAAAUUGAUUAAUUUUAAGAAAAAAAUCCAUUCCUCACUUAAAAAUUGUUUCAUUGCCAAUAAAAUGUAAUAACUGCCGAAUAUAACAACAAAAGAAAAAAAAUUAAACUUAGCCAAAACUUACGCUCUAAAAACUAAAAAAAAAAUAAAAAUUGAUUUUAUGAAAAUGUUAACAUUAAAAUUUUAGUCAAAAAAAAGGCGUCGCUCUAAAAAAAUAAUUUUUAAAUUUUAUUUUAAUUAAAAAAAAUUAAAAAUUUUCUAAAAAAAAUUGACUGCCUAUGAUGAUAAUUUUUAUAUUGAAAUUUUUUAUGAAAAAAAAUUCACGAUUUAUUAAAAAUCAGGAAAAAAAUUAAUUUUAAGUUUUAUUCAUUAAAAAAAAAUAUUUAUAAAUUUUAUAUAAAAAAAAAAUAAUAAAUCUUAUGAUUAAAAAAAUUAACAGCCAAAAAAAUAAAUUUUAAUAUUUUAACAGAAAAAAAAAUCCCUGUAGAUUUUUGAACCAUUUUUACGGGAUGAGAAUUUAAAAGAAAAUGGACGAUAAAUAAUAAAAUUAUGACUUACAACAUUAAAUGUUAACCCCAAAAGUGUAUCCUUGUUAAUUAAAAAUACGCGCUCACACAAAAAUAAUUUUGACAAAAAAAAAGUCAUUUAAAAAAAAAGAAAAUUUUUGUGUGAGAGUUAAUUAAUUAAUAAAAUUAAUAAAUAUAUUGCUGUAAUUUUUCUUACAUAACACAUAAAAUUAAAAUUAAAGUAAAAUGAAUUUAUUAACACACCCGUAGUUUUAACCACAUAAAUAAUCGAACCCAAGAUACAAGUAAAAUGCAUUUAAAAAAUUUUAGAAACGGAAUUUUAAAGGAAAAUAAGAAAAAAAUUAUAGAAUUUUGUUGAAAAAUAGAAUUUAAUCCCCCAUAACAGCACAAAACAUUAUCAUUUUAGGAGUUUUAAGAAAAAAUAUAACAAAAAUGGAACGCAUUAACGCCAAUUUUUGAGAAGAUUAGAGAAAAAGUGAAUUAAAAUGAACAUUAGAAGA